UAAUUCUUCAAAUCCUUGAGAAAUUAUCAAGCCAUUGUUAUACUGCUCAGUCCUUCAAUUUCAAUAACAAACGUCGUUCUGCAAAAGGAUGUAACAGGCGCGCCGUGUACAAUCCUGCACCGCGCGUUGCACACUUUUGGAAGGUUUUCUCGCGGCUAUUACGUGACGAGUGUUUUGUGCCACGCACAACUCUUCGUAAUUCUGUUUCUAGGCACUUGGCGAGUUCACACUGCCCCUUCUUUCUUUGGCGGUGUCGUCGUCCCCACCAAAGGCUUUUGUAUCGCUUCUCUGUCUCUGGCACUUCCUGUGUUCUGCCAACACAUUCACCUGUCUACCGCCACCUGCCUUCGUAACCAACUAGGCGUAUACGGCCGCGUAUGCCCUGCUGCUAAGCGUAAUAUCCCGAGGGACUUUAGUUUCGCCUAGCACGUAGUGGGGCUGCGAUCUCACAGUUGUGUAUGUACGUGCCAUCUGGUAAUGCGACUGGUUGCGUUGUGCAGUCAAUGUUACGCUGCCGUUGACUACAAGUCGCGAAUGCGUUUUCUUCUUCGGUUCUGAUAAGCGUUCGGUAUUGUCGAGGGCGAGCGCUUGGCACCGGUCCGUUCACAAUAUAGACCAAGUUCGACGAACUCCGGACGCGCAAGGAUUGCGCGCGAUGACGCUCCUUCGUUCAUGUUCUCAGACACUUUUCGAGAUCUCUGCAACGCUCGCAAAUAUUUCGUAAAAAGUAUACAGCUGCGCGGUCUCGUAGUGUUGAAUUUGCCGCUUCAAUUCACGAAGAGGGGAUGUUAUAAUUGCACUAUUCUGUGAAGAAGUUUUCGGUGCGCCGCUUUGACGAGGAUUCCGAACGAACGUUUCAGUGCGAAAGUUUGAGAAAAUUACAAGUUUGAUGCAGUUUUAGAAUAAAGACACUUGUCUGAGAUUAAAAAACUUGUUUUUAAUUAAGCGCAAUUGAAAGGAGACUCUGGACAAAUCUGAGGUAUUCAAUACAGUCAUUAUGAGAGUUUUGUAACCACGCUCGAGGAUUUGCGACAUGUGUUAACGUUAUUAAAGAAUAUAUGGUCUUCGUCUCAACGGCGUCCGUUCUCGGUUUCCUAAUGCGAACAACCGAGUGCAUCAACGGCGACUUAUAAUGUCAACCGGGUGUUCAAAACGAUGGUGCGCGGUCUGUCGCAGUGGACCAAGACCCUGAGCUUCCCGGCGAGGGUGUCACCCCAGAGAUCCAAGGAGACCAAGGUUUUCCACGUAAGCCCUAGUGCUAGCCCCACGUCACCGCCCAGCCCGAUCAACGACACUAUGGACAAAGCGCCUAUAAUCACGGACGAGAAUUUCCAAGACGCGGAGGCAGAGAAGGCAAUAAUGGGCUCUAUCGUGUAUUGCAUACAUCAUAAGGACGGUUGCAAAUGGUCGGACGAACUGAGAAAGUUGAAGGCGCACUUGAACACAUGCAAACAUGAUGCAGUGCCUUGUGGGAAUAAAUGUGGGGCCAUGAUUCCCCGCGUGCUCAUGGAAGACCAUCUGAAAUACACUUGCGCCCAGCGUAGGGCUCGCUGCGAUUUCUGUGCCAAAGAGUUCACCGGACACACUUUAGAGAAACACACGGGGACCUGUGGCUACGAACCUCUAUAUUGCGAAAACAAGUGUGGAAUGAAAGUGCAAAGGCGACACCUCGGCCAGCAUAAACUGGGAGAGUGUGCCAAGAGACUGGUUGCUUGUCGCUACUGCAACAAAGAAUUCGUUUUCGAUACGCUAGGCGCUCACCACGCGAAAUGUGGUCGAUUUCCGGUUGCGUGUCCUCAUCGUUGCGAAACUGCGGUACUGCCCCGAGAAGAUCUCGAGGUUCAUCUGAAGGAUCAUUGCACCACACAUUUACUUUCCUGUACAUUCAAGGAUGCCGGUUGCCGUUUCAAGGGAAAUAGGUUUUCGUUGGAUAAACAUCUAGAGGAAUCAGCGAAAAUGCAUCUAAGUCUCAUGUGUAGUCUCGUAACGAAGCAGCAACAUCAAAUAACUAGCUUGAAAUCGGCAAUCAGCAAGCUUUCGUUAAAUUACACGGGUACGCUAAUAUGGAAGAUCACAGAUUAUGCCGCCAAGAUGUCAGAAGCGAAAGCGAAGGAAGGAAUGGAACUUGUCAGUCCACCUUUUUAUACUAGUCAAUAUGGAUACAAGUUACAGGCUUCGAUUUUCUUAAACGGAAACGGAACUGGAGAGGGCAGUCAUAUCUCGAUAUAUAUAAAGAUCCUGCCCGGCGAAUACGACGCUCUUCUACGAUGGCCGUUCUCGCACAGCGUGUCGUUCACGAUGUUCGAUCAGACCGUCGUCGCGGAAAAGGCCUGCAACAUCGUGGAGAGUUUCAUACCGGACCCGACCUGGAAGAACUUUCAACGACCGAGUCGCGAACCGGAUUCUCUCGGUUUCGGUUUCCCAAGAUUUGUCUCCCAUGAAAUGGUGAAGAAGCGACAUUUCGUCAAAGAUGAUACUAUGUUUAUUCGAGUUAAGGUGGAUCCUAGUAAGAUCGUAGCGGUUUGAGAGACGCGUGACGAUAACGCAUAACGCUUCUAAAAAACGUUACGUUUCUGGAAACGAACUUUAUGUGAUAUUUCCGAGUACUUGCUUGAGCAGAGUGUACUUAUUCGUUUCAAAUGCGUGGUAAUUCAGACUGAACUGACUGAAAACGCACCCGGGAAAGCUAUACUAUCCCUCUAUGUUAAGACAGCGAUUUCUUUAUUUACUCCUGUUAGUGCAAGUACCAUCGGCAAUUGUAGAAUUAAUAAUUUAUUGACUCUGCCAAAAGCGUUGCGCCAGAAUACAUUUAUAUCUUCAAUUUCUUCGUGUAUUCUUUACCUCUUAGAUUUAUCAUUCUGUAUAAUCUUUUUUUGUGUACAAUUUAAGUAAACUGACUUUAAUCAUUUGAGUGCCGAAGGCGGUCGCAAGAUUAUGUGCAAAAAAUGCCAAGCAGUAUGAUCGUUCAGUGUUUGAAGAUGGAUUUAUGAGGCGAUUGUACAAGUUUAGUGUAUUCUUUGUUUCUCAUGUAACUGAAAGAUUAACUUAACCCUUCCUGAAGCCUAUUGCGACCUAUUGAUACUAACAGGAAACAGAAAAGCAAUCGCGCUACUUGACACUCAAACGGUUAACAUUAAUGUUACUAGUUUUGUUUUUGUAUAUUUUGAGCAAAUUAAUUAAUUCGCUGUCUUUCUAAUAAUUCAUGUUGCACUGCAUAGGAUUACAUAUACAUCUCUUAAAGAUUCAAUAAGCGAAUAAAAUUCUUUCAAAUAAGUGGCCUUAUGAGUGACUGCACGAUAUAAAGUUAUUUUUACGGAGAUAAAAUCAAAGAUUGUUAAGAAAUUCUAUGUACUGUAAGCUAAAGUGUAAAUACAAAUGCAGAAUGCCAUACGAUAAUGGACAACGAGUAACAAUUGAGACAGAUUCACCGAUGUAAAUACACAAUGAUUAUAAUUAUUAGCAUAGUGAAAUGGAGAAAAUGUGAUCGACAUAUACUAGUGAAUGUAUGCAAUGACUUGAAAGUAAACUGACUAAUAAAACUGUUAUAUAAUAUUCGUAUAUAAAAUAUUCCUUGUUUUUUA